GGAGUGGCCACAGCAAUGCUGUGUGUGUGUGCGCUGGUGAGCUUGUGUUGUAGUGAGCGCCGUGCUCAGUGUGUGGGGCUGUGCUGAGUCCUGGUGCCGCUUGGAGCUGCUGUGAGAGGGAGCGAGGACUCUUAUUGUGACACGGCGGCUCCCCUCAGCCCCUUCCUCGCUCAUCCAUACUCGCUGCCGUUUGACAACAACAGACUAAGCAGCGGCGCCGAGCAGCGGGAGAGAGAGAGAGAGUGAGAGGGAGUGAGUGAGAGAGUGAGGGAGUGAGAGGAGGGGGUGAUCUAGGGCUGCCCUCGGAGGUUCGGGUUAAGGAUUGUCCCUGUGGUGGGGGGCGGCGGGAGGAGCAGGGACGCCGCCGCCGCCGCCGCUGCCGAGUUGUGGCCGAGCCCGGGGCCCCGGUCAUGGGCCACGGGAGGAGGAGGAGGCCGAGGCCGCGCACAGCGAGCAACAUGAGGCGGCUCGCCAGCGGCGCCCCAGACCAGUGAGGACCCAGCACACUGCGGGAGGAAGGAGAAUGUUUUACUAUCCGGCUCUCUCAUCGCUCACCGCUUGCUUUCCAACUGCAUAAGAAACUGCCUGAUUGGAGUAUCUUCAUGAGCGCAGGAGAUGAGAGAGUACCGGCAACAAGAGCAGGCUGACCCUCAGCGGGUUCCCUCCGUGCCACAGGAGCUCCCCAUCCUGGAGCAGUUCGUUUGUCAGAAGAAAAACAAGAAGGAGAAGACUCGGCUGGCCGACAGUAAAAUGUUGGCCGGUUCGCAGAAGCCAGCCCGGGCCCAGAAGAACUCGAGCCCCAACAAGCACUUAAAGAGCCCGGGCUCACCGGGCAUGAUGUCCCACAGCCCCGGCACACUUCAUUCGGGCUGCUCCAAGCCCCGCGGUCUGAAGAGCCCGCCGCUGGCCGACACACAAAGGUUUUCCGAAAACAGUCUGAAAAUAAAGCACGAGACGGAAAUCCGGAUCCCACCAGUGCCGUCGCCAAAGGCCGUGAGCAAUCAAAUGCACCCGGACACGAAGCUGCCCAACCACGGCAAGCCGGUCAACAGCAAUGCUCCAGCUCCCAACGCCAGCCAAGGAACGCCCGGCGGCCUGGGCUCGAAGGCCACGGGAGCCGGCAGCCACGGCGGCAAGUCGAGCCAGAUCUCCCCCGGCAACUCUGGGCUGAAGGGCUCCCAGAACUCGGUGCCCCCCAACCUCGGAGCUUUGAAAGGGAAGGUGAAGCGGGAGCGGAGCAUCUCGGUGGAUUCCGGAGACCAGCGGGACCCAGGCACGUCGGUCAACGACACCGAAUCCAAAGAUGGCCCCCCACGGAGCAAGCGGCGCUGUGUUCUGGAACGCAAGCAGCCCUACAGCGGGGACGAGUGGUACUCGGGACCGGACAGCGAAGACGAGGAUAAACCCAGAGUGGCGGCGCUCAAUUGCACUGUGGUGGAGGCGGCUCUCUCGGGGGCUGUCCACCCCUCCCCCAGCUCCAACCCCCUGCCCACGGUCAGCGAGAGUGCACCGGCCAGCGUUCCUCACAACCCUGCAGGCGGGUCCUGCCUGCGCCCCGACACCGGCAACCCACGGAACCCCAGCAAACCACCGUCCCAGUUUGUGUACGUCUUCACCACGAACCUGGCCAACAUGGCUGCAGAGGCUGUGAUCCAGGGCCGGUCAGAUUCCAUCGUGGCGUAUCACACGCACAAUGUACCUCGCACAAAACUGGAUCAAGUGUACAAUCAGAAGGCCUCCCAUGCCGCCCAGAAAGGGUCUGGGCUUCAGGAGCAGCUGUCCCGCAACAGGCCUCCGUCUCGCCCCCCCCAGCCCCAACAGCAGGGUCAGCAGUGCUUGCAGCCCCCCAGCUCGAUGCCGCAGGAGGGGGGAGCCGGACUCGAACCCCUGCUCUCGGACAUGGGCUCCAAACCGAUGGAGAGCAACGGCGGGGCCGGCAACCAGCCGGGGGGCGGUCACCCCAACGUCGGCAACGCGCCCGCCAACCCGCACCAGGGGGCGCCGGUCGACCCGGCCAAUGGCGGCGGCGUGGAGGCCAACAAUCCCAACGACAACAGUUCGCUGGUCAUGAACCUUCACCCCAACACGGAGGGCUUGUCCAAGGAACAACUCGAGCACAGGGAGCGUUCCUUGCAGACGCUGAGGGACAUCGAGAGGCUCUUGUUGCGCAGCAGCGAGGGCGAAUUCUCCAUGAAGGGCAACUGCGGCCCCAACGGCCAAGGGGAUGGACAACAGGUCAUGAAGAAGCCAGAGGAGCCUCUGCAGUCGAUGAUUUCCCAAGCACAGGCGUUGGGGGUGGAUGGGCCAAACAUGGAGCAGGAGUCGAUGCACCAUCAGGAGGUAAUGCAACACGACCCGAUGGGGCAACAGGUGACCAUGAUGAUGAAUCCCGUCAACCAGGACAACCUGACCCCAGAGCAGGUGGCCUGGAGGAAGCUUCAGGAGGACUUCUACGAAGAGAAGAGGAGGAAACAGGAGCAGGCGGUGGUUCAACAACGGACGAUGCAGGAGAUGAUGAUGCAGAGGCCCAUGGGGGGCAUGAUAGUACGGGGGCCCCCCCCUCCCUACCACAGCAAAGCCGGGGACCAAUGGCCCUCGGGUAUGGGCAACAGGUUCGCGGGCCCCAUGGACGUUCCCGAUCCCAUGCAGCCCCGAGGCACCGCCCCCUUCUCAGGCCCGCGCUUCCCCAACAGCCAGAUGCAGCGGGUGGGCGGGUACGGGGCCAUGCAGAACAUACCGAUGGAAGCUCUGGGCGCCAUGAAUCCAAUGCAAAGGACUGUGCGGCCCGGGAUGGCCUGGCCGGACGACAUGCCACCGAUGGGGAGCGGGGGGGGGAACUUCCCCCAAGGAGGCAUGCCCUACCACCCAGGGCAGGGCGACCCUGAGAGGUUCAUGAACCCGAGGGCCAGGGAGGAGUUGUUGAGGCAGCAGCUGAUGGAAAAGAGAUCGAUGAGCAUGCAGCGCCCGCUGAACAUGAGUAACGCCAACACCAUGAGCCAAGGGAUGGAGAUGGAGCGAAUGUUGCAGGCACAGAGACAGAUGGAGCCGGGGGCCAUCUCGGGGAUGUUCCCCGGACCUGGGGACAACGUGAGUGGAAACCCCAUGGGUCUGGACUUUGUGGGGCCGAGGGGCAUGUUGAGCCCCCCCCUGGGGCAGGCAGGACCUGUGCGUGACAUGGACCCGUCAAUGGGCCCCGGUAACGUCAACAUGAACAUGAAUGUAAAUAUGAACAUGAACAUGAACCUCAACGUCCAGAUGACGCCUCAGCAGCAGAUGAUGAUGUCGCAGAAGAUGCGGGCGCAGGAGAUGAUGUCCCACCAGGUGUUGACCGCGGAGGAGAUAGCCCGCGUCAGAGCCCAGAACGGUAGCGGGAUGCUGGGUGACCCUCAGAAGAUGCUGAUGCAGUCGCCGUUCCCAAACCACGGACAGCAGGGUUUUCCCGGUGGACAGGGGCAGUAUUCCAAUAUGUCUCAGGAAGUCAACAGCAUGGGGAACCCUGGGGAGAUGUUCAGCCCUGAGCAGGGGGGGCCCAUGGCCGUGAGUAGCAUGGGUAACACGGCCAGACUCAGUCACAUGCAUAUGACGCCGACUUCAAACCAGUCCAGUAACCAUGGCAAUGUGGCUACCAUGCUUCCAGUGUCCCAACGGGGCUUAGGCCGAAGACCUUCAGACCUCACCAUCAACAUCAACCAGAUGAAUUCCCCCAACAUGGGUCACCUCAAGUCACCGACCAUCAGCCAGGUUCACUCCCCUCUCGUCAGUUCCCCCUCUGCCAACCUCAAGUCUCCUCAGACACCAUCUCAGCUGGCCAGCCUGACAUCCUCCAACGCCUCGGGCCCCAUCAAGUCCCCCCAGGUCCUGAGCUCGGCGCUUCCCGUUCGCUCCCCGGCGAGCUCGCCCAGUCGGCUAAAGUCGCCGUCGAUGUCCGUCGCCUCGCCGGGGUGGAGCUCGUCGCCCAAGACCACCCUCCCGAGCCCCGUCAUCAGUCAGGGUAAACAGCCCAUGAGCCUGAACUCUUCAGCCCCUCUGGGGAACAUUGAGCAAGGCCCCAUCGUCUCCGCUUCGCGCCCCGGCCCCGGAUUACCGUACAACUCUCCGGAUUCAACGCCCUCGCAGAACCCCCUGUCGCUGAUGAUGUCUCAGAUGUCCAAGUACGCCAUGCCGAGCUCCACGCCACUCUACCACGAUGCGAUUAAGACCAUCGCCACUUCCGAUGACGAGCUGGCCCCAGAGAGGUCAAUGUCCAUGAUCCAGCCCUCUGGGUUAAGUGGGGGCCAGAACCCACAGCAGCACCUGGUGUCUCAGAGUGUGGUGGGGCCAGGAUCUGCCAACAGCCCGCUGGCGAUGGGCAUGGUGGGCCAGCCCCUGUCGCAUGAACCACCGCAGUCCAUGAUGCCAUCGCCGGGCAUGAUGGGCCCCAGCAUCGGCAUGCACGAGGGCCACGGAGCGGGCAUGGGCGUGCAGAGCCCCAUGAUGGUGCACCCGUCCCAGGACUCGCUGGGCCCGCUGAGUGGCGGCGGCUCCCAGAUGCUACCUCAGAACCCCAUGGUCCUCCAGCGGAUGCAGCACCAGCCCCACAACCCCCUGCAGUCCCCGGGCUCCGGGAUGCAGCAGGUCUACCCUCCUGGGAUGGCCAUGUCCCACGAUGACGGGGUCCCACCGCACGGGGUCCCCACCGGACCGUCUCCCGUCUCGCAGCAACAGCAGCAGCAGCCUCCGCCUCCCCCGCCUCCGCACCUGAUGACCAAGGGCGUGUCGGUCCGCUCGGUGGCCGAAAGCUACCAGCUCUCGGGCGUGGCCUCGGUCCUCAACGACCCCGAGCUUCAGGACGUGAUACGGCCGUCGGCCAGCGGCAUCCCCGAGUUCAACCUGUCGCGCAUCAUUCCCUCGGAGAGGCCCAGCAGCACGCUGCAGUACUUCCCCAAAGGUGAACCGCAGGUGCCCAAAGCCCCGUCUUCCAACCCUCACCUUAUGAACCUUCACAGCAUGAUGCUGGAGCAGGGCGCUCCCGGUCGACCCAGCCUUGCCGGACAGCAACAACAACAGCAGCAGCAUCAUCAGCAGCAGGUGGUGCAGAGGGGCCUGAGCAUGCACAUAUUCCACCCGGGGCAGGUGCCGGGGCCCAUGAUGGCAAGGACAGGCAUGCCGGGCCAACACAGCGUGAUGGGCAACAGCCUACACCAGGUCCUCAUGUCUCCGCAGCAGAGCUUGAUGGCCCAACAGAACAUGAUGCUCCAAGCCAAGCAGAGGAGCCUCUCCCUCUCGGGGGAGAUGUACGGGCAGGGGGGACACAUGCUGCCCCCUCAGGUGGGCGUUCUGGCUGCGCCGCCCCACCAAAGUAUGAUGUUCCCCCAGCAGUUAAGACAGAGGAGCAUGUCCUUAGAUACGCCCAUCACCUUUGUACCCGGGCCCGGAAACGCUGCCAACAUGCCCUUCUAAGCUCCUCUCAUCGACUUUUCGUACAAUUAGGGUUUAUGCAAGUCACGGAGCUACAGUGGUGGGAAAAAUUGAAAAAAUAAUAAUUUUAUUACGAAAAGUGAGGCCCAGAAAACUGAGGAGACGAAGAGUUUAUACCGAGGAGGGGCUGGGAGGUGGGGGGGGGGGGGGGGGGGGAGGGGGGGAAAUGGGGGGGGGAGUCAAAGAUUAUUUUUUAACAGAGUGAGCUCGGCCGAAAGACUUCCAGACAUUUGCGUUUUCCAUUUAAAUUUUUUUAUUUCUCUCUCAGUCUCUCUCUCUUUCUCUCUCUCUCUCUCUCUCUCCUUCUCCCUCUCUCCUUUUGGUUUCCUCGUCCGCUGUUGUGCAAAGGGAUUUCAUUAAUGCUGUAAAUAUACCGCCUCAGUCUGUGAUUUUGUUUUUACGGUUCCUGUAACUCUGUGUUUUCGCUCGAGAACCAUCCAGAACUGUGACAGGGAAAUUCCAGGAAGGGUCUCUUCCACAAGAAGGGUUGCCAGUCUUGUCAGGGUCCCACUCCCCUCCCUGCAGCUGCCCAGUGUCCUGUAUCAUAGAAACAUAGAAAAUAGGUGCAGGAGGAGGCCAUUCGGCCCUUCGAGCCAGCACCGCCCUGCCAUCUCUUCGCCAGACUGAGGACAAACCGUUCACACUCAGCCUGUGUUUCAAUGUGUGGGAUUAGAAACAUCAGCUCCAGAGCUGAGGAAACAUAUAGUGUCUCUCUGGGACUGAUUCAAUCGAGGUUUUAUCUCUGUUCCGGGGUGCGUGCAGGAUAGACGGGGCCUCGCAGUUACCGGGGUUGGGCGGGUGGGUAGGUUGGGCGGGUGGAGAGGGGAGGGAUGGAUUGGGGAGGAGGUUCACCUGGAACGCAGCAGAAGGUUUCUGGAGACCAGUGUUGCAAGCAGACCAGGUAGACACAAAAUGACGGAGUAACUGGGAGUAGACCAGUUGGGGCAGAAACCAGACCUCCUCUUCCCGUCUCUUAGGGUUUCCCGAAAGGCGUGGUGGGUGAGGUUAAACUUCAGUGCCCCCAAAGAAAAACACAAAAUCUAAAGAGCUUUGAUGGCAAAUGAACCGAUGAGUGGGUGGCAGGGAGAAAGGUGUGUGGUGUUGCCUGAAAUGGCGGCCAGUUCCUCCAGGUGUCACUCCACGAACUCCGCAGACUGCCGACUGUUUCUGCCACCAGGUUGGAAGGACCCGAGGAAUCAACAAGAUGGGCGACCGCUCCUCACCUGCGAGCACACCUGGAUGGGUGGGAAGGGCAGCAAGAGGGUGCAGGCCGCUUCACUGAUGGGGGAGGGGGGGGGGGAGGGGUUUACAGGUGAAUGGAGUCACGGGACACCUGCCCGAAACAUAGCACAAAUCCGGAGGAGCCCUGAACUAAAGCACGGGGGCUUGUUAAUCGCAGUCAGCCAGCAGCCCACAACUACCCAUCAAUUGAUCCAUCUGAAGGGUUUGUACCGCAGCUGAGUACCGCCCCAGCUCCCAGCUGCAAUGACAACCCGCUUGCUCAACCUCAGCCCACAACAUCUUCCCCUCAGCCUCGGUGUUUCAGCUGCUCUCCGCGAGGCUUCCACCAGUUUUGUCCGAGAACACGCUGUCCCAUUGGCCGUUGGUGGUUGGAAGAGGAAGGGCUUGCAGGGCUGGGGUUUGGGGCCUGAUCUCAUCGUACAUCAUUCUCUGGAGAUGUACCUGAGGGGAGGGGGGUCUCCCAGAGGGAGGGGGGACUUGGGAGGGAGGGAGACAAACAUGACAUGGGGUUUCUGCCAGGGAAGGGUUUCUUGGACAGAUUUAAGUCACAGAUCUUCAUUUGAAACUUUUUUUGCACCUUUUUGGUCCAGAGGCUGGUUUUUGUUUUUGUUUAUAUAAUACAGACAUUCAUAAAAUAAAUGAAAUUUAAAAAAAAAAAAAAA